CAAUGCUGGAGCACGCCUGUUAUUGCUGACCUGCUCUUCGUUUGGGAGAUUUUUUAAUCAUGAAGAAAUGUGUUGAAUAUGCACUGCUUCUCGUCAUUUCCAUUAUUCAAGGUUCUGUACAGCAAAGAAUCAUUGGAGGACAAGAAGUUGAGCCCUAUUCUAUUAAGUAUCAGGCCUCCAUACAGUACAACAACAACCACUACUGUGGAGGAACGCUCAUAAACGCACAGUGGGUGGUGUCUGCUGCCCACUGUUGGAAGCCAAACUAUCUGAUCAAAGUCGUGCUGGCCGAGCAUGAUCUGUCCAAGAAAGAGGGCGUGGAGCAGGUGUUCAACGUCUCCAGAACACUGGUCUACUACCUCUACAACUACAGGACGUUCGAUAACGACAUCAUGCUCCUGAAACUUGAACGGCCAGCCGACCUGAAUUCCUAUGUCCAGCCAGCAGUGCUGCCAAACUCGGACACCCCGCAAAUGUACAAAGGCAUGUCGUGUGUGGUGAGCGGCUGGGGGGUCACACAAGUCUACAGCUACUACCUGUCCCCUGUACUCCGCGCUGUGGACGUGCAGAUAAUCCCGAACUGCCAAUACUACUACUACUUCAGAAUCACAGACAACAUGGUGUGUGCCGGGUCUCUGCUGGGAGGUAAAGAUUCAUGCCAGGGUGACUCCGGUGGUCCUCUUGUGUGCGAUGGCAAUUUUGAAGGUAUCGUCUCCUGGGGCAUCGGCUGUGCCAACCCUUACUUCCCUGGUGUCUACACCAAGAUUCGCAACUACAUCCGCUGGAUCAACUGGAUCAUCAGUGACACCACCGCCGACUAGACUGUUUGUGCUUUUUAUAUGUGGACAGUCGUGUGCAAAAACGAUGUUUUGUUGAUUUUCUCCCUAAAAAUAAGUGCACAUUCUCUGCCCGUUUUAAUGCACAGUUACUGUUUAUUUGCUGAAUCAUCAUCAUCAUCAUCACCGUCAUCGUUAACCGCUUAGUCCAGAUAGGGUCGCGGUGAAUUUAAACUGUUAAUGGAAAAAAACCCUAAAGUGAAGCCUGUGUAAAAGAUACAGCAUUUUUUUUAUUUUAUGUUUUUCCCCACUAUGUUUAUCACAGCAAAUACACUGAAACUGCUGUAAAAUUUGCAGAAAAUUGCCAUACUUAAGUGGGUUCCCUGAGGACGGUGUGUUAGAAAAUCAACAAAACGUUAUUUGACUGGGCUGUUCAAACCUUUGCACAGGACAGUGUAUAAUAUUGUUGUCUAGAAGUGUAAAUCUCUGACCUCACAGUUAUUCGUUUCCACUACGAUUCUUUAGGAAAUGAUUCAGUGCAUUAUGAAUACUCAAAUUUCACCACAAACCAAUUAUACAAUGAUUCAGAAUUGUUGCUAAAAAUGCAUUGAAUACACAGAUGAGACAGGAGGAACGAUUUACACAGUAGAGGAAUAUUGACAAUAUAAACAUUCUAGUCAAGUUAAAUUUAAAAAUAGCAUGAGAAUUUUGUUUGCCUGAAAAUAAGUACACAUUUAAUUGAAUAUUAUUAUAUUUGAUUAGCAAACAUAACAUUCCAUUGAUUAAUGAGGUUGAAUUGCCACCCUUAGAGUGACUAAAUGCUUUUUUACACCCCUACAUUUGUCUAUAUAGUGACCAGAUAUCAAGUCAUAAGCUAAUUUAACUUUUAUAGUCAGUUAUUAUAAAUGGGGAAAAUGGGGACUUCUUUAAUUUUGUGCCAGUGGCCAAAUCUUAUAGCUAUGGUAGUGUUUGCCCGUAACAAUAUGAACAAGACUGGAACAAAAAACAAUCACUUAAUGGUCAGACAGACGUUAGAGCUUACGUCAAAGGGAAAACUGUCAGUUUGUGUCGAGACUGCUGUUUGUUUUGGCCUGUGUUCAAACCAACAAGACUAAAAUGCUGAUGAUAUGUUAUUCCACCCUGCAAAAAGGGCAGUAAAUGACUCUGGGGUAAUACCAAAAAGCAUCUGGCUGCGGUUUUUUCAUAUAAACAAAUUGGUAGUAAUGAAUAUAACAUCCUUCGUUCAACUCCCAUCGCAUUUCUUUGACAGUCUUCUGCGUAAUGUCCUGGCAUAGGAUCAAACUGCAAUUACAAAAACCUUAUAUUUCCUUGCUAUCAUUGCAGUUGGUUCCUCCUGGGUUGUGAAAAUGAGAAAACUAAUAUUGCA